GCGAAGAAGGUACAAGGCACUAGGAUUAGGCAAAGAAGGAGAUAGCUGAAAUUCUUGACAGACAGCCCAAAAAAAGAAAACGCGAAGGGGAAAGCUGGAAAACUCUCCAUCUUCCCCACCGCCUGAAGAAAAAAACUUCUGGUUUGUGAUCGCGUGACGACGUGAAGGCAAACUCGAUUACCGUUAGGCGCAGGAGGUUGAUCGGCGGCCGUUUUUGCCUUCCUGUGCUUCACUUCCGUCCGGCGGUUCCCUAACGGUAAAACCCAAUUUCCGAAAAUUUCCAACAUUUUGCAUAAACCCUACCGCAAAGCCAAUCCCUUUCUGUAAUUUGUGAUGACUCUCUUGUUUUCUAGUUAGAACCCUCGAUUCUGAUCUUAAUUCGAGGGACCCAAUACGUGUAUCUCUCGAAUUGAUAUCUUAAGCUUGAGAGUGACUUCAGAAUGUCAAUUCAGGGCCCCAGCUGGUUAGCAACACCCCCCCAAAGGUCUUGCCUUUAUUGGUGGACUACCAGAAAGUAGCCAAAGACAAAGUCAUCUUGUUGUCUGUCCUGCAGCCCAACAACAUUCUGAUGAUGACAGACACAUCUCAGGAGUUAGUAAAAGACAGUGACCAUACUGGUCACCACACAAGAGAAGACGGUGAAUAUAUUAGGCUUGGCAUGUCUGAUGAACCAAAUCCGAUUCUACCACAUGUAUCGGAACCUCCAACACCAUCAAAGUCCAAGUCUUCCCAGCGUUGGACCAAAAUUCUAACGUUGUGCAUAGUGAUUGGCUUAGUUGUCUUCAUUUCAAUCAAAUGGGUCUUACCAUUUCUUUUCAAAAAGGUUCUGUACCCAAUGAUGAAAUGGGAAGCAACUGCCUUUGGACGUCCUGUACUUGCUCUUGUGCUUGUCGGUUCUCUGGCAUUGUUCCCUGUAUUCUUAAUUCCUUCAGGCCCUUCUAUGUGGUUAGCUGGUAUGAUCUUUGGAUAUGGCAUUGGGUUUGUCAUAAUCAUUGCUGGAACAACGAUUGGGAUGAUCCUGCCUUUCUUCAUUGGCCUGUUUUUUCGUGAUCGUAUCCAUCAAUGGUUAGAGAGGUGGCCCAAGAAAGCUGCCAUACUGAGACUAGCAGCAGAAGGGAACUGGUUCCAUCAAUUUCGAGUGGUUGCCCUUUUCAGGGUAUCCCCAUUUCCAUACACAAUUUUCAACUAUGCAAUAGUCGUCACAAGCUUAAGAUUUUGGCCCUACAUAUGCGGUUCAGUUGCUGGAAUGAUCCCGGAAGCUUUUCUUUACAUCUACAGUGGUCGACUCAUCAGGACGCUAGCUGAAGUGAACUAUGGGAAUCAUCAUCUAACGCCAGUGCAGAUCGUGUAUAAUGUGAUCUCGUUCAUCAUUGCUAUCAUAAUUGUCAUAGCUUUUACCUUGUACACAAAGAAAGCGUUGGACACGCUUGAAAAUGGAGAGUCUACUGGCAUCCCGAUCUCAGCAGCACACGUUAGUUACGAGAUGGGUAAGCUGCCACAUGAGAGAUCCAACCAUAUGGUUCUGUCAUCUUUUGUAUCAUGACGCCCCCAACUUGAUUUAAAUGAAAUUAUCAUUGCCCCCUGUAAAAAGUACCCCCCUGCAAACUACUAAACCCUAAUUUUGCCUCUUGUUUAGCUAUAAUCAAUGAUUCGGUCUCCCUGUUUGUACUUACAAUCUAGAAAGACAAAAUCCACUACUUGUGAUUUACUCCAGAAACAGAUGUCUACAGUGCUGUAAUUCUCUGGUGAAUAAAGAUUGAGAAGAAAGCA